AGAAAUGGCUGAGUUAUGUGGAACAUCAUCAUCGACAUCAUCAGUAGACAGAUGGAACGAAAUGGAUGUCGCAUCGAAGAUCUGCUCUUUAACCUAUCGUCCUCCAGCAUUGGAUGAUAAAAUAUUCAAGGAUGAGUGUAUGUACUGCUUCAAGACACCUCUCCAUCCAGGUGGAUUAUAUGUUUGUCUGGAGAGGUUUGCUGGGUUUUGUACUGACCAUGUGUUGGGUUAUUAUAAGCGGACGGCACGAAAAGGUUUCCUGUGGUGUAAGCAGAUCAAAAAGAUGCUACCAGACGCGGAUGAACCACAAGAUAAAGUUACCAAGCUUGCAAUUGGUGUUGAAGGAGGCUUCAGUUCUGGUCCAAAAUAUGAGAUUAUUAACGAUUAUGCAGUCGUACUUGCUCCAGAUCUCGAUGAAAAAGUUCCUUUUAACAAGCUUACAGCGAAAUUGACGAACGUUUGCCACAAAAUUAUCGAAAAAGAAGGAGUACAAAGACAAGAGAUAUUAGAAGCAGGAAUUAAUGUUUGGGAAGGUGAAGCACGAAUGGAUACGAAGCAUUUGAAUUUGGAACAAAUCGACAACGGGAAGAGAAUACCUCCAUGGGGAUGGAAAUGUGAAGAAGAAGGAUGCGAUCUUAAGGAGAAUUUAUGGUUGAAUCUCACCGAUGGUGCAAUUAUGUGUGGCCGUUCGCAGUAUAUCCAAGAAGGAGUGAUGAGCAAAGGUCGAAAUCAUGCGCGACUACAUUUUGACUUGACUGGUUAUCCUCUGGUCGUGAAAUUAGGUACGAUUACGAAAGAUGAUGCAGAUGUGUUUAGUUACGAUGAAGACGAAUCGGUUCGUGACCCGAACUUGAAAAAACAUUUGAUUCAUUUUGGUAUUGAUAUGGAUAAAACAGAAAAGACUGAAAAAAGUACGCUUGAAAUGGAGCUUGACCUUAAUCAGAAGUGGGAAUGGGAAAUGUGUCAGGAGGAUGGUGCAAAUCUCGAAUUGGCCUAUGGCCCAGGCCUUACUGGAAUCAUAAACAUUGGCUCAUCUUGUUAUAUUAGUGCAACGUUGCAAAUGCUGCUUCAAAUUCCUGAUUUCGUACAAGCCUACGGAAUAGAAUGUGAAAAACAUUUCCUCAACGUUGCAAUACUCGAUUCUCAUAAUGAUUUCAAUUGUCAGAUAGCGAAAGUAUUUUCGAGUUUAUUAAGCGGUGAAUUUUCCCAAAGAGACAGUGAAUGUAACGGUAUCAAACCAGUGCAGUUCCGAAAAAUAGUAUCAAGAGGAAAUGCGGAAUUUUCAAGUACACGACAGCAAGAUGCUGAUGAAUACAUAAGACUACUUUUUGAUCGAAUAGAUGGAUUUCUGAAGAAACCUAAACCAGUUGACGCAGUGCGAUUUAAACUAGAGCAGCGUUUGGAAGAUAAUGCGACGAAUAGGGUCCGUUAUAGUUAUACGGAAGAAGUAAUACUUUCGUUGAACGUACCAGAAAAAAGUGCUUCUAAAGAACCUGCAGAAACAAUGGAAACGGGGGCAUCAGUACGACCUACCGUGUCAUUUGCUGAAUGUUUGUCAGCAACAUUUGGCAAACAGGAGAUUGAUGAUUUUCGAUCGCCGAUAACAGACGAAGUAAAAGGAGCUAUCGAGCAAUACAGCAUCGCUACUUUUCCGGAUUUUCUGAUUAUACAGCUUAAAAAAUUCACCUUGGCAGAGGACUACAGUGUUAAAAAGCUGGAUGUCAAUGUGGAAAUGCCAGACGAAAUUGAUUUGGAAGCAUUUCGUGGCUAUGGGAAACAACCUAAAGAGAUGUUGCUACCACAUGAAUCUGCUAAAUCAGAGCUAACAUUGGGCCGACCUUUGCCCGGCAUCGAUCCUGAGGUUUUUGACAAGGUAAGUGAUGUCGACGGAAUAGCGAUUGAACAACUUACAAACCUCGGAUUUUCUGUUUAUCAGGCACGUUAUGCUCUUCAAAAAGUUAAUACUGGUAUAAACGAUGCAGCUGAUUGGCUUUUUUCGAAUGUGGAUGCUAUACCACCUGAGGAGAAAGAUGAGGAGAUUAAGGACGUGCCAAAACAAUGUCGUGAUGGAAAAGAGCGUUACCAUCUAAUUGGUUUCAUAUCACAUAUGGGAAGUUCACCAUUUUCAGGACAUUAUGUUGCGCACAUGAAAAAAAGUCCGGAUGAAAGCGAACUAAUAUAUGUGCGACUAGUACAAAGAGGACUAGUUGACGACUAUUUUGGACUUUCGUAUAAUUGA